UGUGAGACUUUCAAAUAAAAUGAAAAAUGAGUGCAAUAGGAAACUUCCUAUAAGUUUCGAAAGUCUUUCCAAAAACACAUUAACAUAAAUAUUUUUUCCUUCUCUAUUGUUGUUCGUAAUAAUUAUUCACACCUUUGAAAUUUCGUUGAAAAGGCUAAGAAUCUUCCCAUCUCGCUCAACAAGACCUGCUUGCAAUAUUUCUACUCCAUAAAAGGCUUAUCAACACACAUUAAGAUAUUAAACCUUUAAUACGCACAUUUUGAACCACUCACGAUCCUCAUUCUCAUGGCUUCUUCUUCUUCUUUGUCUCGCACGUGGCGAUACCGUGUCUUCACGAGCUUCCAUGGGCCAGACGUCCGUAAGACAUUUCUGAGUCACUUACGCAAACAGUUUAACUACAAUGGGAUUACCAUGUUCGAUGACCAAGGGAUCGAGAGAAGCCAAACCAUCGCCUAUGCUCUUACACGAGCUAUUAAGGAAUCGAGGAUCUCGAUCGUGGUGCUCUCAAAGAACUAUGCGUCCUCGGGCUGGUGCUUAAACGAAUUGGUGGAGAUUUUGGAGUGCAAGGAAGACGUGGGACAGAUCGUGAUGACUGUCUUCUAUGGAGUAGAUCCAUCGGAUGUACGAAAACAGACUGGAGAAUUUGGUAUCGCUUUCGAUGAAACUUGUGCUGGUAAAACAGAGGAGGAGAGGCGAAGAUGGAUCCAAGCUUUGAACGAUGUUGGCAACAUAGCCGGAGAACACUUGCAAAACUGGGACAAUGAAGCGAUAAUGAUCGAGAAGAUUGCAAGAGAUGUUUUAGAUAAGCUAAAUGCUACACCGUCUAGAGAUUUUGAUGGCAUGGUGGGACUUGAGGCUCAUUUGAGAGAAAUGGAGGCUUUGCUAGAUUUAGAUAAUGAUGGAGUUAUGAUAGUUGCAAUCUCUGGUCCUGCUGGGAUUGGUAAGACAACCUUAGCUAGAGCUUUACAUAAUCAACUCUCGAAUAAGUUUCAACUUGCUUGUUUUGUGGACAACCUUAGGGUAAACUAUAAUAGCGGUUUUGAUGAGUAUGGUUUAAAGCUACAUUUACAAGAACAAUUUCUUUCAAAGGUUUUGAACCAAAAUGGUAUGAAGAUAUGCCAUUUAGGUGCAAUAAAAGAAAAUCUAAGCGACCAGAAAGUGUUUAUUAUUCUUGACGAUGUGAACAAUCUAAAGCAAUUGGAGGCUUUGGCUAACGAAACUACAUGGUUUGGUCCUGGAAGUAGGAUUGUAGUUACCACAGAAAAUCGAGAGCUUUUGCAGCAACAUGGUAUCAAUAAUACAUACCAUGUGGGUUUCCCAUCUAGACAAGAAGCUCUCCUGAUCUUAUGCAGGUAUGCUUUUCGACAAACCUCUCCACAUCAUGGUUUUAAGGUGCUCGCUGAAAGAAUAACAGAGCUUUGUGGUAAGCUUCCGUUGGCACUACGUGUGGUGGGUUUAUCUUUACGUGGGAAGAACGAGGACGAAUGGGAAGAUGUAAUAAGUAGGUUAGAAACUAUUCUUGAUCGGGAUAUCGAGGACGUACUACGAGUCGGCUAUGACGGUUUAGAUGAGAAUGAGCAGACCCUAUUUCUCCACAUUGCAGUGUUCUUCAACAAUGAAGAUGGUGAUAUUGUGAAAGCCAUGUUCGAUGACGGUAACUUGGAUGUCAAACGCGGUUUGAAGAUCCUAGUCAAUAGGUCUCUCAUAAACAAUUGUAGUCUCACUGGGAAUAUAGUGAUGCACAAAUUACUACAACAAGUUGCUAGACAAACCAUUCAUAAACAAGAGCCUUGGAAACGUCAAAUCUUAAUGGAUCCUCAUGAGAUAUGUGAUGUCCUCGAAAAUGAAACAGGUACUAGAGCUGUGUCUGGGAUAUCAUUUGAUAGAUCUGAUAUCGAUGAAGUAUCUAUCAGCGAAAGAGCUCUUAAAAGAAUGCCAAAUCUUCAAUUCCUCAGAGUUUACCAAACAAGAGAUGCUAAAAUGCAUAUACCAGAGAAGAUGGAAUUCCCACGCCGUCUAAGGUUGUUACAUUGGGAGGCAUACCCAAGAAAGAGUCUUCCUCCAACAUUUCAUCCUGAAUAUCUUGUCGAACUCAAUAUGCGGGAAAGCCAGUUCGAAUACCUAUGGCAAGGAACCCAGGCGCUUAAAAAUCUCAAAAAGAUGGAUUUAUUAGGGUCAUCUAACUUGAAGGAACUCCCAGAUCUUUCAAAUGCUACAAAUCUGGAGAUAUUGGUACUAACUAAAUGCAUAAACCUACAAAUCAUUCCAGCUCACAUGAACUUAGUAUCGCUUGUACAUGUCUCUAUGGUCGGAUGCUUCAGACUGAGAGACAUUCCAGUAAUGUCAACAAACAUCGAAGGACUGUAUAUCACAGAGACAGCAGUUGAAGAUGAACCUCCAUUAAUCAAACUUUGCUCUCGUCUCAGGGCUCUCGAUCUAAGCCGCAGUGUAAAGCUCAAAAGCUUAACACAUCUCCCCAAGAGUGUCACAUACCUAGAUGUAAGAUACUCUGGUAUCGAAAAGAUUCCAGAUUGCAUCAAAGCUCUUCAUCAACUACAAAUAUUAAUGAUAUCAAGCUGCAGAAGACUGACAUCAUUGCCAGAGCUCCCUGGUUCGCUUCAAUUUCUAUUUGCAGAUGAUUGUGAAUCACUGGUGACCGUAUUUUGCCCUUUGAACACUCCGAAUGCGCGCCUCGAUUUCACCAACUGCUUCAAAUUGGACCAACAAGCACGAAAAGCAAUUAUCCAACAAUCUUUUUCUCCAGGACUAGGCACACUCUUACCAGGAAGACAAGUGCCUGCAGAGUUCGAUCACCGUGCCAAUGGAAAUUCCUUGACUAUUCCUUCCAAUGGUAACAAUCCUCUUUAUGCUCUCACCAGAUUUAAGGUCUGCGUCGUGAUUUCCGCUCAACAACAAGAAUAUGGUCUUCCUCACUCUAACCGGUUAUUGUGUCGUCACAUAGCUAAAGGCGGCUUAUACCCCGCUGAGAACUCGAUAGUCGUAGGAGGAGUCCACAAAUUUCGAAGGGAACAUUUGUGUAUAUUUAUCAUUCACCAUCGCUCGCUAUUUAUCGAUCCUUCUGAUGUAAACAGGGAGAGAGUGUUUGAAUUCAGCAGCGAACUACAAGACUUAGACAUUAUUGAAUGUGGUGUCCAGAUCUUGACGGACGAGUGGGACUAUGAAUUUGGAUUAUACCAAGACGACAUUGAGUUUGCAUCCAGCGAAGACGACAUUGAGUUUGCAUCCAGCGAAGACGAAAUUGAGUUUGAAUCCAGCGAAGCCUCUGAAGACGGAAUCGAACACGGUGACUACAAAGAAGAUGAGUAUCUCGAAGGGGGGAAACACACAACAGAUUGUUGGAGUUGGCUCUUUCUCUGCUUCGACCUCUCCCAAAUUGUGAGAAAGGUCGGAAGCUUGAUUUCAGGAAGAAGACGACCAAAUCCGGACCAUGUGUAGUUGAAGCAGUGAGGACCGUACAGAUGGUGAAAUCUGUGAUUUAACAGAAGAAAAGAGUGUUGAAGACUUUGGAUCUUGCUUGUGUUGGGUAAGACGACGAAGACGACGUGGCCAUCGGCUUAAUCCAUUGCGUUGAGUCCUUCUAGGUGACAUAUGGGCUAAAGUUGGGCCUACAAAUAAAAGUGCAAUCUACUGUAUGUUUUUUUUUCCAACUAACGUUUUGAAUGGAUAUAAUGUGGGUAAAUUGGACUAAAUUACUAAGGGAUUAAAUUAUUUUAUUUUUAGACAACAAA